AAGUAAAUGCACAUCAUCUGUAUCUACACUACUUAAAGGCUGUAGUGCCCCUAUGUAUCACAUAUUUCUAUUUUAUUCCUGUAGAAGCAUUGGGGAUUGUUUGACUUAGAGUUUUAUAUCACUUCUUUCAUUGGAUAUAGCUAGUCUACACAUAUUUGCUAUGUUGACUAGUGAGGUUCCUAGCCCUAGAGACCCUGAACUUGUUGAGCGUCUUAUUCUUGAUUUGCUAGAUCCAGAACUCAAACGACAUGCUCCUUCCGAGCUACGCAAGAAAAGAGAGAUGUUUCAAAACCUGGCUCUGCUGUUGUGGAAUUCUUUUGGCAUAGUUGCUUCACUGCUCCAGGUCUUCUCCAAAAAGGUGGUUUUGAUGUCAGCCACUCUUAGUAAUUCAACAUUAGCACAAGAGAUUAUAGUAGUCUACCCUGCACUUUCACCCCCAACUUUGUCAUUAGGUGCUUCAAACCGAGUUUGCAAUGCACUAGCACUUCUUCAGUGUAUUGCUUCACAUUCGGAGACUAGGACCCAUUUCUUACAAGCCCGCAUUCCGUUGUACCUAUGUGCAUUUUUGGAAACUGAUGACAAGGCCAAACAAUUUGAGUACUUGCGGUUGACCAGCUUGGGUGUCAUUGGCGCUCUUGUUAAGGUUGAUGAUCCAAAAAUUAUCAAUUUUCUGCUGGAAAAUGAAUUUGUUCCUCUAUGCCUGCAUAAUAUGACGAUCGGCAGUGAAUUAUCAAAAACUGUGGCAACUUUUAUCACUGAAAAAAUUGUCGUAGAUGACGCCGGUCUAGCUUAUGUUUGUGCCAAUGCUGAUCGGUUCUAUGCUGUGGGAGCUGCUUUAGCAACCGUGGUUACCUCAAUGGUUGAUCAGCCUUCCAAGAGGUUGCUGAAACACGUUAUCCGUUGUUACCUCAGGAUGUCAGAGAAUCCUAGGGGUUUCGCUGCACUGCAGACUUGCCUUCCUCCUCAGCUGAAAGAUGGCACAUUCAACAGCUGUCUUAGGGAUGAUCCUUCAGGGCGACAUUUGCACCAACAACUGCUGGUUAAGAUGACAAGUGGAAAAAAGGGAGGAGGAGCUGGUAACAGCGCUGGUCGUAUGUCAUGGGGAUAAACUAACAUGGUGGUUGUAAAUUACUGCAGUGAUGCAUUGUUACUGUGAAUUGCAGCUAACAAUUAAAUAAAACACUUCGUUUGUGUCUGGAAUGAAGUGUUAAACUGAAGUGAAAGCUUUGAGUUGUAUUAAUAAGUACCGCAAACUGACUCAUUCAAACGUGCGUGCAAUUGAAAUUGGGAAAGCACUCUUAUAUAUGGUGUUCAUUUUA